AUGGCUCUCCAAAGCGCACUGAGGAGUGCAGCGCGUUCGCCCUCCCCCAACCAGCAAGAAGCUGGACGAACUGCAGUGGGCUGCAGGACCCUGACUGGAGUCGACAUGACGGACCCCGACACCGUCGCUGGGUUCAGUGUUGGUGUUCUGCUGUAUGAGACUUUGGCAUGGAAAGUGAGAAUGCCAUCAGAAAUGCAUGGCCUCCAAGCAAAUCCACAGCAGCCCAUCAUCAAAAUUGAUGGAGGCGCAAAGACCGGUGACAGCAUUACAGUAGCGUGUUACACCUUACACACCUGUCCAUACAGAAAACCAAACAUCAUUCUGAAGGGUAUUGAAGGAUCUGAUAAAAUCAAUGAUGUCGAUAUGAAUGGUCAAUGGAAAACCACUCUGACACGCACCGGUGUUGUGAAGGCUGAACGCUCAGACAUUGAGUGUAGUGUAACACAUCAUGGAGGCAUAACAACAAGAGCUACAAAAUCACAAAGUGCAAAAUGUGUCCAUUAUAGUAUAACCAUUGAACCUAAACUGGCAACAGAUAUCAUAGAGGGUGUUGCAAAGACCUUCACUUGUACCGUCCAGCAUUCCUGCCUGAAGAAUCCUCCGAUCCUCUCCUGGAACUAUGAGAAUAUGCCGGUCAAAGAUGGAAAGAAACAACUUACAGGGUUUGAAUUGGCCACCUUUUCCACCAUAAAAUUUUUUGGGGAAAAGAAUGAUGAUGGGAAGAAAUUAAUCUGCACUACAAAUAUUUCUGGACAGAAAAUCACAGCAUCUGUCAACUUACAUGUACAACAUUUUACAGAACCUCCAAAACCAGUGACGACAGUCCAGAAUAAAUAUUCUACAGAGUCUCCAAAACCUAUGACGACAGUCCAAAAUAAAUAUUUGUUUACAGCGUCUCCAAAACCAGUGACUCCAGUCCAGAAUAAAUAUUAUUUUACAGAGUCUCCAAAACCAAUGACUCCAGUCCAGAAUAAAUCUUUUUCCCUGAUCGAAACUGAUGUGAUGACCUUUGACAUGAAGACAACUGGGCUUUACAUUCUAGCCCCCUCAUUUGCCUUUCUUCUCAUUUGCAUAUUUGCUGGAGUCAACAUAUAUAAGAAGUGUAACAGGUCUUCACCUGCUAAUCCACAAGAAUCACAGCUGGAACGAAGUCAGAGAAAAUCCUGCACUAUUAAGGAUUAUGAAGAUGUUUAUGCCAACAUGGAAAAUCUCAACAUUUAUGGAAACGUCUAAUGAAAAUGCUCUACAUCACCUCUAAAAUGUGCUUAAUACAGUGACUUUUGUCCUUUUCUGUUUUAAACAAACAUAUAUUUUAGUCAAUAUAAAAAAUUCAACUUUAUUAUUAUGUCAUGGAAAAAUAGUAUCAAUAUUUUAAUUACAUGCUGUUUACAUAUAUAAAUUGUAUGCUCUCAUUUGUAUUUGUAUUUUUGUUUAUUUUCUCUAUUUAGGACAGUCAACCCAGUCACAG